UUGACAGUGACUCCUCUCACUUCCUCCGUAACUCGUUCAGCACGCACAAGGUUUCCCUUGUGUUCUUCAAAUCAACGGCAAGAUCAUACUCGACGUGACUCAUGGCCGUCUGCCAAUUCUUUCUUCGCGGCACGUGUAGAUUCGGCGCUGCGUGUAAAAACGAGCAUCCGCAAUCAAACAAUUUCACGCGUGACGGGCCAGCACCGAAAACCGCGCUGUUUACUUCGGAGAGCAUAGCAGCUGAUCUGACACCGGGCAAUGACCGACCGCUGUGGCCGUUGUCGUCCUAUGGCCCAGCCAAGUUUGAGCCGGUGUUGUUGGCCGGAUUAGACGAAUCGCAGGAGGAGUUGAGAGCGAAGGCAGCGACAGCCAUGAAGGCGGGAAAUGUGAACGAAUAUAUUUCUUACGAGUCAUCAAAGUUUGCGGCGGCAGAACAAGUAUUCUCGAAUGCCGUCAACAAUAUCAGCCAGGCCUUCCAACAGGCGACGAAUAACAGCCGAGGCGCGACUUCUACCACCAACACCACCUCCGCAUUCAACACGGGAACGCCUGCGUCGUCUGCAUUUGGGUCCUCGAGCGCCCCAGUGUCGGCCUUUCCCCCGACCACGUCGAACACGACAUCGACGUUCGGGCAAUCGACUUUCGGACAACCUGCGUUUGGGCAAACGAGCAUGGGGUCGAGCGCGACCCCUGCAUUUGGCCAGGCGUCGUUGGGUACCACCUCUGCUUUCGGACAAACGUCAAAUUUCGGCCAAAGCUCCUCGGUCGUGAAACCUGCUGUUGGCUUCUCAGCGUUUGCGGGGAAUGCUGGCCCCUCUGCUUUCGGCGCCGGUGCCACUGCGUCGACCAACACCGCAGGCGGCUUUUCUGCCUUCGCUGGAAAACCUAGCGUUUUUGGACAGACCGGUUUUGGAGGCAGUUCUGGCUCAGCGUCCCCAUUCGGCGCGCCUGCUUCCACAUCUGCGUUUGGCGCACCAAUUUCUGGUUCGGCGUUUGGGGCGACGACGUCCGCCUUUCCUCCCUCCUCGACACCAUCCGCUUUUGGUGGGACAGCCAAUGCACCUGCGUCAACGUCCGCUUUCCCAGCACCCACCAGCUCGGCAUUCGGGACUACAGGGACCCAGCCGGUAUCCUCUUUUGCUUCUACCGCGCCUGCCCCCGCCAAUCCGUCACCAUUCGGGGCACCAGCCAACCCAUCGGUGUUUGGUCAGCCAUCUGCGUUUGGAGCCUCCGCACUGAACACAAAUAACGGAUCGGCGUUUAGCCAGCCUGCGAAUAACGCGUUCGCAAACAGUGCGAGCUCUAAUGCAUUCGCGCCAAAAUCCAAUCCCUCGUCCGCCUUUCCAAGCCAAACACCCACUGCUUUCGCUCCGGCUCAACCACAGCCGGUCUCUGCAUUUGGACCACAACCGACUCAGUCGGCGUUCACGCCACAGCCGGCUCAAUCAGCUUUCCCACCACCGUCAACGCAGUCUGCGUUCCCUGCCCCGGCUCCGUCACAGCCUGUCUCAGCGUUUCCUGUCUCAGCGUUUCCAACUCAGUCGCCGUUUGGGCAGCCAGUUCAGCCAUCUUCUAGUGCUCCACCGCCUCCCGACUUCGAUAAAGUCAAGGUUACAUUCAAGCCUGGCUUCACCCCAUACGACUCGCAGCUCCCUCCAAACUACCUUUCCAUGCUCCCGGACCAUGUUUCAGCUGCGUUUAGAGCGGCCAAAUUCGAAUGGGGGAAGAUCCCUGAUUGGAUUCCGCCGCUGGAACUUAGAUGAGCGUAUCUGGUACAUGUAAUCAGAAUAGCGAAUAUUUCUCAAUGAGGAGCACUGGGAGCGCG